AUGAAUAAUCCACAAAAUUCUGGUGAAGAGGGAUUCAUGCAUAAUGCAAUCAACAAGUCGAAGGAAGCAAUCCACACGGGUUGGGAAAAGACAAAGGAGGUCAGUAAUAAAGCUGGAGAGAAAAUAAAAGAGGGUUAUAAUGUAACCAAAGAAAAAGCCUCUGAAAUGAUGCAUAAGAACAAAACUCCAGAGAAAUCAGAGUUCGAUCAUCUCCAGGAACAACCAAAUCUCUCAAACCAACCAAGAGCUGACGAACUUAAACCAUAA